AAACUAUUAUCAUCAUAUUUUGAUAUUGUUUCAUAUGAUGACGUCACUAUUAAUCAGAAUAAUUCAGGUAUAUGUUCGUUUGAUAGUCUUCCUCUUGUUCAAAAGUAUCGAUAUUGCUGCUGGCAAGAAUUAUGCUCAUAUAAUCCACCGCAAUUUUCAACAAAAUAUUCUAUGAAACACAUAGAAGAUAAUUUUCAUCGUCAUCAACAGCCAACUUAUCUACUUAAACUAGCACAUAAAUUGAUUUCAAAAAUCAAACCAAACUUUUACAUAGCAAUUCAUAUUAGGCGAGGCGAUCAAAUGAAAAAAUCUCGAUUCCAGAAUAAGCUUGACAGUUGUACACGACCAUCUUGGAUAAGAGAAAAGUUAAAUUCCUACGGUAUCUCAAAUGGUUCAAUUUAUCUAGCAACAAAUGAAUAUAAACCUAAUUUCUUUCAUUCCUUAUCGCAAUGGUAUACAAUAUAUACAAUACAGAAUUUCUCAAUGUAUAUAAAUGAAACUAUCAAACAAAAUCCAUAUGCCUUAGUUAUUAUCGAUGAAAUUAUUUAUUCAAACGCAAAAGUAAAAUUUUCAACAUUUAUUGAACCAUACACAAAUCUAUCUUUUUGUCCAUUUGGUCGAGCUGGUCUUCCAAAACAAAAUCGUACUUCAAAUCUAGUCAAACAUGUCGUAAGCAAAAUCUUGGCCAAGAUCUUAGGUACAGAUAAGUGA